CUGGGGCCGGGAGCAGUGCGGGGGAAGCCGCCGCUGAGCCACCGCCGUCUCUCCCCGCCUUCCUGCCGCGGCCGCCCCUGCCCGUCUAGGCAGCGCUCCCAGGCUCCCGCGGGGCGCUCGGCAUGAGGGGGAUCAGGGCCAAUGGCAUCGCCAUCCUGACCGCCGCCUGGAUCCUGGGCACUUUCUACUACUUAUGGCAGGACAACAAGCCCCGCGCGGCGGCGGCCGGUAGCGGCAGCCCCCGGAGCGGGCAGAGGGCGGCCGGCAGGCUGGAGCCCCGCCGGGAGGAGAGAACCAUCCCCCUCAUCAUGACAGGGGCUCCCCAAAGAGAGAAGAACCCAAGGAGGGGUUUCGAUGAAAAGGCUUACUUGUCCUCAAAGCUGCUGAAGGCUGGAGAAGACCCCUACCACCAGCACGCUUUUAAUCAGCUAGAGAGUGACAAACUCAGCAGUGAUCGGCUCAUUCGGGACACCAGGCACUACAGAUGCACUUCUGUACGCUAUGACACAGACUUGCCAGCUACCAGCCUCAUCAUCACCUUCCACAACGAGGCACGCUCCACCCUGCUCCGCACGGUGAAGAGCCUCCUGAACCGUACCCCUCCUAGCCUCAUUCAGGAGAUUAUUUUGGUAGAUGACUUCAGCUCAGAUCCUGAGGACUGCCAGCUCCUUACCAAGAUCCCAAAGGUCAAGUGUCUACGAAACACCCGGCGAGAAGGGCUGAUUCGCUCUCGGGUGCGAGGAGCUGAAGUGGCUACCGCUGACAUCCUCGCUUUCUUGGACAGUCACUGUGAAGUCAACAGUGAGUGGCUGCAGCCAAUGCUUCAGAGGGUGAAAGAGGAUUAUACCCGAGUGGUGAGUCCAAUCAUUGAUGUUAUCAGCCUGGAUAAUUUUGCUUACCUGGCAGCAUCAGCAGAUCUGAGGGGAGGGUUUGACUGGAGCCUUCACUUUAAGUGGGAGCAGAUUCCUAUAGAGCAGAAGAUGUCCAGAACAGACCCAACUCAGUCUAUAAGAACCCCUGUCAUAGCAGGAGGCAUCUUUGUGAUCGACAAGUUCUGGUUUAACCACCUGGGAAAAUAUGAUACUCAAAUGGACAUCUGGGGAGGAGAAAAUUUUGAGCUCUCUUUCCGAGUGUGGAUGUGUGGUGGCAGCUUGGAGAUUGUUCCCUGCAGUCGAGUGGGACACGUGUUCAGGAAGCGCCAUCCCUAUGACUUCCCCGAAGGCAAUGCACUGACUUAUAUCAAGAACACCAAGCGCACAGCAGAGGUGUGGAUGGAUGAAUACAAGCAGUACUACUAUGAAGCCCGGCCAUCUGCCAUUGGGAAGUCAUUUGGAAGUGUUGCAGACCGAGUGGAGCAGCGACGCAAACUGAACUGUAAAUCCUUCCAGUGGUAUCUGGAGAAUGUCUACCCUGAGCUCAAGGUUCCUGAAAAGGAGCUGAUUCCAGGAAUAAUUAAACAAGAAGGAAACUGCCUGGAGUCUCGGACGCAGGAUACUACAGGGAAUAUGUUGGCUGGCAUGGGAAUCUGUAAAGGAACAGUGAGCAAUCCACCUGUCACUCAGGAAUGGGUAUUCAGUGACCCUCUAAUUAGACAGCAGGACAAGUGUCUAUCAAUUACCUCCUUCUCUACUGGCUCUCAGAUCACACUGGAAUCCUGCAAUCAAAAAGAUGGCAGACAGAAGUGGAAGAUGAAAGGCAGUUUCAUUCAACACUUUGUCAGCGGUCUCUGCCUGGAAAACCAGACUGGGGGAGUGGUGACCAACCCUUGCCAAGCAGAUCUACCAGGCCAACAGUGGGAGCUACUACAAGCAACAUGAUGGUAGCACGGAGAUCUUCUUGGUUCUUUGUGCAUGUGACUUUGGGAACAGAGCGGGAUUGGGAAGGGAGGAAUGGUUUUGUAUGUCUGACCCUAAAUGUUUUCAUUGUGCCCAUCUGCAAGCCACCAUUUCAGCUGAACACCUGGUGUUUUUGAGCUUUUCAGAGAAGAAGCUGGGGGUGACAGAGGGAUGAGGAGAGUUGUUGAAAUCUUCCCAUCUGUUGUCUUAAGUUCUCCUUUGUAGCUGAUGUCUGUGCAUAGCUGCACCCAGAGAAGGGGAGGACCCAGCCCAAUACUCGGUGUGACUAGAACUGUCUUGCAGCUGUCCCCAUCUGUUCCUUUCUCUGCAUCCAGAGUCCACGACCUUCAGUCCAUCAGCUUAAAUGAUGCUUAUACAAACAUUGGUAGCAAUUUGUCUUCCCUGGCUUUUCACUCUAACAUCGUGCAUCAUUUAUGCAUGUGUUUGGCUCAGUGAGGACUGGCGCGAAGAAGAGUCAUCGUGAUGAGUAGAGGGGCUGGGAAGGAACUAGCAGACUCUGGGGGCAGGUUUGUGACCUCUUUGUGGUGGGCCCAUUCCUUCCUCUGCCGGCAGUAGCUGCCCUACGGCCAAAUGGGCUGAGGCUGGGAAACGGGGCACAAUGCUGACAACAGAAGGGGACAAUCUUUUAGCAGCAUAACCAGGGGACUAUUCCCUUUUGAAUUCUUGCUUCCAGUUUUUUACAGGUAGAAGGCCAACCCUGCCUCCAUGAGUGAUCCAAAUCUGCAGGCAGCCCAGCUGGACCUGGGUUCAGGGUACCACACUCCUGUGGAGCUGGUCAGAGACAGGUGCCGACACUUUGGGAUGCUGGGGAAGCUGGGACUAUUCUCUGGCUGCUCUUCCCAGUGCUACCAGACACUGCCUGCUGCACCCCACACUGAAGGUGAUCCACAGAGCUGUGUGGGCAGUGCACACUGACAGAGCUACUGCACUUGGCUCAAGCAUGUAGCAGGAGCCCACCUGGUUCCCUGCUGCGAGACACAGAAGGGGACAGCCCCAUAGUCACUGUAGGCUUCCUGCUGUUGUCUUGGCAGGAGCACAGCCCUCUUGCUGGCUCUGCAUGGCCCUUGUGAAUGCAGCCUGGCAUGACAAGCCACCCAAACCCUCUGUCUAGUUGCUUUUCCCCUUUUCUCUCAGAAAGAGGAGAUGAAAAGGCCUGUGGCUGCUCCACUUGCAACGCCCAGCUCUCCUCCUGGUGGGCAUCUUGGGGAGGUUAGUUGGUGAAGCUGAAACUGCCCUUUGCACAAAUGCUGCCACAGUACAGACUUGCCCUGAGAAAUCUCUCCUUUGUGUUCUGGAAGUACCAAAGGCAACUGGUGUCUCUAGCUAGCAUCUCAGUCCUGCUCCCAGUUACCAGCCAGCUGUAGCUAAGUGUGGGUUUUCAGACCUGCCAGAAGAAGCUUACCUAUUCAAAUUUAAAAAAAAAAUCCCCACAACAUUAUCUUUUCCUACUAGAUCUGUUAAAUUUUCCUCUUGGAGAUAGGUUUUGUAAACCAACCCUCCUUUCGAAGGCAGGGGAAACAGAUGGUGGGGCCACCUUCAGUAGGCAAUUGCUUGCCUGGAUCCUUUCUGAUCUUGUGUAAAAGAAACAGGAUGUUCAUUUGGAUUAUGAACAGCUGGCUGCUUUUGAUCAUGCUUGUGUCCUUUUUUAAUUCUUGCUUUUACCUUGGUGUUAGCCUAAACAGUUGACAAAAGGACAGAUACUGUUCUUCAUAUGUUGCAUGUGCUCAAAAGUGCUUGUGUGAGAACUGGACAACUUGUUUUCUGUUCUCAGUUCUUUUGUUUAAACAAAUCAGCCAGGUGGCAGGAGCUCUUUUCCUGUUUCCCCCUUCACUUUCACAUCAGCUCACUAUCUCGACACUUAUUAACCAGACGCAUGGCCUGUCUGAACUGAAAACUCGGGAGGCAGUUCCCUUUGGUCCCACCCUUACAGCAUGAUGCAGCCACACUUCUGUGUGGCCAGGGAACAGAAAGAAGGCAGGGCAGGCAGACUCGUCAGCAGGGAGAGAUGCCAUCCUGCUAGCAAUUGCUUUUUUAAACAAGAAAAUGCAGGAGACGCUACUUCCAGAACAGUAUCGUUAGGCAGUUGGAGACAGGAACAGUCAGGUCAUCACAUACCAGGCUUGAAAAGAGUUGAUGCAAAGACAGAGGAAAGGCCAAUCAGCCUGUACUGAGCAUGUAAGCUCUGUACACAAUGAAGCGCUGAAGGAUUGUGUGUUUUCAUCAAAAUGCAUCCUAAGUGGACCAUCUGAGCUUCCCCCAUUUCACUCUCCAGCAGCUUAAGAGUUGCAGCUAACAGCAUGUUCACUUCUCCACCAGGUACUGCUUCCUUCCUUCUUGUGUGUACAGCUUUCUUGCAGUUCCUUCUUCAUAAUCGUACUGGGACUAGGACCCAGCUCCUCUACAAACGUUAUCCUGACUGCUGCAGACCACCGGAGCCCUGCUUCUAUACAGUCUCCAGGCUUUGGGCCAGCCCUGGUUCAAACGGCUCUUGUCAGCAUGCUGGCUACUGCCCUUGACUUCGUGCUUGGCUCCAGUGUUGGAGGUUAGUGAUCACUCCCAGAACAGAGGUACCUGGACUAGCUGUGUUGAUUUGUGCCUCUCUUCCUACUGCUCACCACCUGGCAGAGUGUGAACUGGUAUCCAUUGAAGAUUGGACACUCUCCUUCUUUGGGUGCCCCGGCCUGGGGGAGAAAAGGGACAAGGUGGGCAUAUGCUGGAUGUCAAUAACUUAAAAUUGUCCCUGGAGUUAGGGGCUAUCAGAACCCUAACUCUACCUGGUUUUGGACAUGUUGUCCUGGGGUCACCUACCCACUGCUUACUCCUCCAUCAGCUAAAGCACUGCUCACAGGACCUUCCUGGAGGCCCAGUGCCAGCCUCUCCCCACAUCAUCUUCUGGAAACCACUGGUUUCCAAUGGAUUUUGGCAAUUGCUGAAAAGGAGGUGCAUUACAAAAUGCUGCUUUCAAGUGUGGGCAGAGUAAACUUCCCUCAGAAUAAAUAAAAGUCUUGUCCAAGUAAUUAUUGGCAUACUUUUCAUUUCCCUUGCACCAAAGGGAAGGAGGACCAAUGUUACAUGUGCUUUUUUCCCCAAGGUCCACGCAGUGCCAUGUUUUAGAACAGGACUUUGGUGGGGUUUUUGAAAGCAAACUGACUGGCGCCUCAAAUUUGACCCAGUGAUUUGUUUCUUUAACAGUCAGGACAAGCAGCUGCUUGCCCUUGUUUUCCUGUUUACUUUAAACAGCCCCCUAGACUGUCAAGACAGAGCAUUUGCAUUGGUAAUAUCCUUCAAGAAAGCUGUUAUUGUAUCAGAUCAUCCAAUGUAAUUUUGUGUGCUGUGAACCAAUGGGGGUUUAUUUAAGAGGCACUGAAACUACUGUUGUACAGGAAUCAAUUUCAAAAGGUUUAUUUUCCCCACUUAGUUGUAAGUUGCACUUUGCCAGAGGUAAUUUAUGUGAAGCCCAGAUUUGUUUUCCCUUUUCUUGAAGAAAGCAUGUGCCAAAAUCUGUUUAAUGCCUGGAAUAAAAUCCAUUUUG